AUGCCUUCACCAGUACUGCAUGUGAGCCCUGGCAGCCGCCCCUUGCCCGUGACCAUGUAUGAGGUGUACAUGUGCUUGGAAAACUUGGGUCGAGAGGAGAGUCACUUGAGGAAGGGACGCAUGGUAGCAAGAGAGAGGUUGGCAGCUGUCAACGGCCCAGCCCCAGCAGAGGUACAGCGCACACGGCAUGAACGCGCGUCUUGCCGCCAUGUGCCAGGAGCAGGGAUGGAGAAGAAAGCGAGGGGGAAUGGCCAGAGACGCUCGUCAUAG